CUGCCCCACGUGUCCCAAUAUGUAGAACUCUGGGCACGCAAAACUUUAGAUAAAUCUAAUCGCAAUAAGCUUAGAGCGGAGUGCCCCCGCCCGCAUAUCCCCAUGAAGGCGGUUGUCACACCUACAGUGGACCCCAUUUUAAUGAAAUACCUGCUGAAAUCAGGCAAAAUGCCUAAGAAAGGAAUAGACCGAUCCUUUACAGGUAUCCAGGACCGCAUCCUGGACCUGUUCGGGCCUUUGACCAAAAUCCUGAACUUAGCGGAACAAUCCGCGACAACAGGCCAAGGGGUUGACCUAGCACAACUGCGCGGUUGGGCCCAAAGAGCCAUUUGCCUCACGGGCAAUGCCAACACCGCCUGUUCAGUUGAACGCAGGCGCUCUAUACUCAUGCGCCUCGACCCACAGCUAGCCCAUCUAGCGGAGUCCGAGCCGGGCCCCUCAGCAGGGGGCAUGCUUUUUGGCGAGUCCUUAAUAAAGGACAUUAAUAAAUUUGUCGGUAUGUUCAACAGUCUGGACAAAGCACAAACAUCCCUGAAAAAACCCAACAAUGCCAGAGUUUUUCCUCGGGCCGGCAGAUACAGGGGCCGCUCUGCCGGCCGAUACAAUUCGGGCAGACCUUUCCAGAGGUCUUCCGCUCAACCACACUAUACCCAGGCUCCCACCCACUAUACCACCACCGCGCAACCGGCACCAUUCUUCCCUCCCCGUGGGAGACCCUGGAGGGGACGCGGCCAGAGAGGAUACCCUCGUUCACGCCCGUAUUCCGGUGAGUACCACACCCAUUCCCUUUCCCCUCAUACCGGUGGGAGGUCGCCUAAUGUUUUUUACGCUCGCCUGGUCUGCGAUUACGGCAGACUCCUGGGUGCUGAAUACAGUAGCAGGUUUCCAAAUAGACCUUGUGUCCCCACCGACUCUGGGGGUAUCGCCACCCCCUAUCCAUUUUUCAGAAGAAAAUGUGACCCUCAUAGACUCCGAACUUCGGGAAUUGAUAGCCAAGCAUGCAGUCACCGAAGUCACCACCCCAUCCCCGGGUUUCUUCAGCAACCUCUUCCUAGUCAAGAAGAAGGGGGGGGGUUACCGCCCGGUCAUAAAUCUCCGGGACUUGAACCAACAUGUCGCCUAUCGACAUUUCAAAAUGGAAGGCAUCCACUGCCUCCGAGACCUACUCACCCCCGGAGACUGGUUAGUGAAGGUGGACCUAAAGGACGCCUACCUCACAGUCCCCAUGCACCCGGACUCCCAACAUCUCCUCCGUUUCAGAUGGUGGGGUCGCAUCUGGCAAUUUACGUGCCUACCGUUCGGCCUGUCCUCAGCCCCAUGGUGUUUCACCAAGCUGCUGAAACCGGUCGUGGCAGCGUUGAGGAGCAGGGGAGUGCGUCUGAUCAUUUAUCUAGACGACCUCCUCAUACUUACUCACUCCAAGACUAUGGCCUAUCGCCAUAUGAAUUGGACCAUCGACCUGUUACAAACCCUCGGCUUUAUUAUCAACCGAGAGAAAUCGGUUCUCGUCCCGGCUCAGGAGAUGGAAUUUCUGGGUUUCUCGAUAGACACCCACCUCGCCAUCCUUCGACUGCCCAGCGCAAAGCUGGCCCUAAUCCGGAAAGAGAUCAGGGCGGUUUUACGCAAAGGCUUCCUAUCCCUACGCAUCCUGGCACGCAUAGUGGGCCUUUUGGCUGCGUCCAUUCAAGCCAUCUUUCCAGCUCCCUUACAUUACCGAGCCCUUCAGAGGUUAAAAAUCCUACACCUGCGCCAGGGCCUUCGUUACGCAGACGAAGUGUCCCUAUCCCCAGAAGCUCGGGCCGAACUGCGCUGGUGGCUCCGUCACGCCACCGACUGGAACGGCCGGACGAUUUUCAACACACGGCCGGAUGUAGUCAUAGAAUCGGACGCGAGCCUACGGGGCUGGGGCGCCCGCUUGGGGUUGAGAUCCACGGGGGGGAUCUGGUCCAGGGAGGAAUCCCUGUUGCAUAUCAACGCUUUGGAACUCUCAGCGGCUCUCUUCGCCAUUCAGAGUUUCUUAGCAACACGGACCAAUUGUUGCGUACUAUUGCGCAUGGACAAUAUCGCGGCGGUUCAAUACAUCAACCGCCUGGGAGGUACCAGAUCCAAGAUUCUAGCGGACAUCUCCGCCGAGAUUUGGCACUUCUGUCUGUCUCGAGACAUCUCUCUUGUAGCAGAAUACAUUCCGGGGGUCUCCAAUACAAUAGCAGACUGGAACUCUCGAUAUCUGGUAGAUUCCAGCGACUGGGGUUUAGACUGUUCGGUCUUCACCCGAAUAGAAUUGCUCUGGGGCCCCUUGGGCAUAGACCUCUUCGCCUCUCGCCUCAACCACCAACUGCCCCGCUUCUUCAGUUGGAGACCGGACCCAGGGUCCUCAGCUGUGGACGCUUUCCGCCACUCUUGGACAGGAGGUACGCAUUAUGCGUUCCCCCCAUUCUCCAUGAUCCCCAGGGUCCUUCUACAGAUUACCAAUCAGGGAGCUACGGUGGUUCUGAUCACACCGUGGUGGCCAGCUCAACCUUGGUUUCCCCUGCUUUUGGACUCGAUCAUCGACCUUCCCAGACUUCUUCCCCGAUUCCCUCGUAUCCUGUCCCACCCAACCAAGGGCAUUCAUCCCCUGGUGGAGGAAGGUACUCUGACGCUCCUAGCAUGGCUGGUAUCCGGGUGUCGGACCCGAGUGACGACCUUUCAAGCUCAGCUAGGGACCUCCUCACCAUGGCCUGGGCCCCCGGGACUCGGUCGGCAUACCGAUCAGCCUGGCAAUUUUGGGUACGUUGGUGCGACCAACGGCAAGUUGAUCCCUUACGUGCCCCUGUAA